AUGUCUUCCGCUUCAAACACCACUUCGGAGUUUCUCCCUGCACUGCAGUUUGGGUGUAAACCGACAUGCAAAUUACCAACAUUGCAGGCGCAAAGAUCAAGGGAGGAAUACCAGCAGGGGAAAAGAUGGGUAAUGACAGUGGAUGGGAUUCAUUGUUGGAUCAACGAGCCCUCGCAUAAGGAGUGGAGCCAAGAUCCGAAAUACUAUUCUCACAAGUAUAACAAAGCUGGUUUGGAUUACGAGUUGGGAAUCUCACUUGUUGACAACCGUUUGCUUUGGAUGCGUGGUCCAUUUCCAGCGGGGACUAAUGACAUUACUAUCUUUAGGGAAAAAGGACUAUUAGAUGAGCUGAAGAAACGAAAGCAAUCUGCCAUCGGAGAUCGAGGCUACAACGGAGAGCCAAAGCACAUGAGCACCUACAACGCACACGAUAAUGCUGGUGUCAGGCUCUUCAAGAGUCGAGCUCUCAAGAGACACGAAAAUUUCAACAGUCUGUUGAAGCAAAAUAAGAUCUUGGACACGCGAUUUCGACACAAUGAAGAUAGAUUUGCUUCGGCUUUCGAGGCUUGUUGCGUCUUGGCUCAGUAUCGAAUCACAAGAGAGAUGUCACUAUACGAUAUUUUGAUCGAGGAUGUUGUAGAUACGUAUGAAGGGGAUAAAUAG